GCGUUUUAUGAAAGUCAACAAUUUUUAGUGACGGGAGAAUAGGUCAGUGUUGUCUCAUGUAAUGUUAAAAGAAUAAAUUCAUUUUAGAUAAUUCGAAAAUAGUCUAUUGCAAUGGGAGAACGAGAAAAGGGAGUAACAACUAUAACGGUUGAAAAUGCCAAACUCUUCGUUUUCGAUUCUCUCAAAGCUCUAGGAACUUCGGAUGAGGCUGCAACCUUAUGCGCGGAGGUUUUGAUUGAAGCGGAUAGAAGAGGACACUUCAGCCAUGGGAUGAAUAUACUGCAUAAAAUUCUAAUUGACAUGAUGCACAGCCUCAUAGAUCCCAGAGCUCAACCAGAAAUUUUAUUGCAAUCACCGUCAACGGCUUGGGUAGAUGGGAAAAACGGUUUAGGUCCUGUUGUUGCAGAUUUUUGUAUGUCACUAGCUAUAAAGAAAGCUAAAGAAGUAGGCUUCGGAGUAGUAUCUGCCAAAUGUUCUAGUAAUCCUAGCAUAAUGGGCUAUUGGAGUGAAUAUGCCUUGAAGCAUGAGUGCAUAGGUUUAGCCUUCACCAACGCUGCAGCUAUGAUGGUUCCUACACGAGCCAAAGAAGGUGCUGUUGGACCUAAUCCCAUUGCUUUUGCAGCUCCUUCUCAUGGCAACGACAGUUUCUCCCUUGAUAUGGCAACAUCGACAGUAUCUGGAGGAAAGAUUGAGAUAUGUAGGAGAAAACGUGAGCCGCUGGUCAAAGGUUGGGCUUUCAACGAACAAGGCAUACUUGAGACUGAUUCGGAGAUAGCGGUUAAGAAAAUGUUGUUGGUACCUUUGGGAGGACUAGAAAAUACUGCCGGUUACAAAGGCUAUGGUCUAUCCUGUAUGGUUGAAAUUUUCUGCGGAAUUCUUUCAGGUAGUAAAUACGGGGCACAAUUAGAUGUAUGGAGCGAACGCAGAACGGAAACUGCCGACGUUGGCCAUUGUUUCAUGGCGAUCAACAUUGAGAAUUUUGCUCCAUAUUUCAGAGACCGACUGAACGACCUACUCCUCAGCCUUAGAAAAUGCGAACCGGUUGAUCAAGCGAAACCUGUGUUGAUACCUGGAGAUCCUGCAAGGAUGCAUAGGAAGAAAGUGGCGAAACAACAAGGCAUUAGAUAUUCCCAGCAGCAGAUUAACACAUGUCAGGUGUUUGCCAAUAUGUUGAGGAUAAAACCACUUCAAUGUCAAACUUCAAACUGAUUUUGAUUAUAUUAGUAUUAUUCUAGUAUUAAAAGCUUAUAUGAAACCGUUA